UCGGAAUUAUACAUAGGGAGCCAACAGAGGGAGCUAGAAAGAUUCAUUUACCCUGUAAAACAUAAAAAAAAAAACACUAAUACGAGUUUCUACAGAUGUUGUGUAUCAGAGAACUGACUAGAUAAAUGUAUUUGAUCAGCAUGAAAUCAUCCGACCAAGCUAAAACCUCACCACAGGGCUCGAUAACAGAGGAUGCAGGAGAUAACUGCUUUGUCCGGGUCCGAAAAAGAGAUUUGGACAGACUGUGCACAGAGGUCAUGCAACUGCGAGAGUUUCUACCCAAAGUCAUCAAUGGUGACUUUCUAGAAGCCCUGCAUAAAGCCCGGGCCCUGGACAUAUUAAAGGAGCAGAGCCAGCAGGAGCAGCGACAGUUAAAGCAGGACUGUUCACACCUACAGUCCUGCCUUGAAGCAGCACAAUCUGAGUGCCAGAAAGAGAAAGAGGAGAAACUGGUUCUGAGAGAGCGGUUAUGGGAAAGCCGUGAGCAGCUUCAGCAGCAGGCGGAGUUCUGUACUGGUCUGGGUGCUGCUACCUGCACUCUGCUCUGGAGCGCCUCACGCAAAGAAGAGGCUGUAAGAGACAUCCUGGCUGAUGGAAAGCUGGAACCCUUCCUAAGUGUAGCGGGUCAAACUCUGGAGAGUUUUGUCAAAUCUUUGGACGAAGAGGAAAAACCUCAAGAGCAGAAUUACAAUUCCCACGAGCACCAGUUUGUGCUAGCACUGGCUGGCGUCAUCACUAAUUUAGCAGCUGUGACGUGUGGGAGGGACUUCAUUUCUAGUUCUGCUCAUGUCCUGUUGGACACUCUAAUGCAGCUGCUUGGGCUGAUGAAACCUGGAGUCUUCCCAAAACUCAAAGUAUUGAUGCUGAUGGCUUUAUACAACGUCAGCAUCAGUGUGACAGGACUAACAUACAUCAGCGAGAGUCCUGCACUCCUACCACUUUUAACAACCCUACUUAAAGACCAGGAUUCGGAGAUAUGUCUGCAGGCUCUGCGGCUGCUUCAGUCUCUACUGGUGGAGGGUGACGUGUUGGUCCAGCUCAACCCAGACCUGCAGCGUUCCCUUCCAGUAGAGAGAAUCCAUCAGUUGGCCUCAAGCCGCCACACAGCCCUUAGCAAGACUGCCCAGGAGACUCUAGAGGACAUUGCCAGCCUCACCAAAUCUCCCUUUCUGAACACAGAGAAGGAACAGUGAGCUCACUGACUGAACUUAUACUUCGUGUGGGCUAGUUUUUACUCCUCAGCUCAUGUUGUCCUCUUUUGGCAGUUCAGUGCUCUUUUACUGGUUUUCUGGCAUUAAAGGCAGUUGUUUAGUA